CUCGCAAGGAAGUACGAAAGCUGGAAUGGCGAGUCCUGCUGCCACCUCUGUGAGACCGCCCAGGCCCAAGAAAGAGCCGCAGACGCUCGUCAUCCCCAAGAAUGCGGCCGAGGAGCAGAAGCUCAAGCUGGAGCGGCUCAUGAAGAACCCGGACAAAGCAGUUCCAAUUCCAGAGAAAAUGAAUGAAUGGGCUCCUCGACCUCCUCCAGAAUUUGUCCGAGAUGUCAUGGGUUCCAGUGCCGGGGCUGGCAGUGGAGAGUUCCAUGUGUAUAGACAUCUACGGCGGAGAGAGUACCAGCGGCAAGACUACAUGGAUGCCAUGGCUGAGAAGCAAAAACUGGAUGCUGAGUUUCAGAAGAGACUAGAAAAGAAUAAAACUGCUGCAGAGGAACAGACUGCAAAGCGCCGGAAAAAGCGCCAGAAGCUAAAGGAGAAGAAGUUACUGGCAAAGAAGAUGAAACUUGAACAGAAGCAGCAGAAGGAAGAACCCAGUCAGUGCCAGGAACAGCAUGCCAGCAGCUCCGAGGAAGCAUCUGGAACAGAGGAGGAGGAAGAGGAGCUCAACAUCAUCAUGGGCCGAUGAGUAGUUUGAGCAGUCAGGAACCCAGCUCAUUCUGUGACCAGCCUCAGAAAGGAAAAGAGCCUGUGGCCCAGCUGCCAGACUGGCUGUGUUGGGAGAAGGCAGGAGCCUGCCUGCCUGGAGAGCAGAGGGACCAUCCUAGACGUUUGCAGAUUGCCUGCUGUGUCCUGCCCUCUUGCUGAAGGGAAAUGCCUCCCUUUCCCCUGAUGCCUGUUCCCUUCUGCUUGAACACCAAUGAGCUCUAGGCUAAUUUCUGUGAAGAGAAUAUUUAUUUAGUAAAGAGCAGAAAACUUA